AUGUCCGCACCCAACCAAGGCCGCCAGUCCCCCGAGCCCGCCCGCCAGUCGGACGCCCAGCAGGGCACGCACGCGCAGCAGCCCAACCAGCAGGGCGGCGAGAGCGAGACGAAGCAGAAGUCCGAGGGCCAGAAGGAGGGGCUGCCGUCCAACCCGACGCAUGUGCUGGCGGGGCAUAGCGAGGAGGUUACUACCUGCGUACGAAUCCACGGCUUCACUCACGUGCCCGUCAACUUCCACCGCUUUGAUACGCACCGCACCGUGCCCCCAGCGCUCGCCGCCGGGCCACACGUCAUAUUACACAGCACACAGCACAGCACGCAGACGCAGAAGCAGAUGCAGACGCAGAAGCCCAUCUCAACGCUCCUCAUCGCUCUUCACACGCAGUCGAGCUAUGCUCGCCGCGUCACUGGGAGACAUAUCAUGCACAGCGUGGGCGUGGGCGUGGGCGUGGGGGAUACGCUACAGCACCGUGGAACACAGCUCGUGUGGACGUGA